GGCGCUGGGCCAGUGGGUCUGGUAGCAGCGUUGACGCUCCUCCAAAACGGCAUCUCAGUUCGCAUCAUCAAUAAAGACCUCCACCCUCGCAUUGGACAGCGUGGUUCUGGGAUGUGGGUUUGUCGCACAUCCACUUGUCACACCGUCUCGUGUCUGGGAAAAACAGCCCUUCUCGUCCGUUCAUACAAGCCUGGGACGUUGGAACCUCUGCAAGACUUAUCGAUAGUCCCGCAUGUGGAACCUACUCCAGCAAUACCAUUCGUGCUCCCAAAAUUGAUGGGUCAACAGCUCCCGGAUGUGAUUCUGCGACGCCAUCUGGAGAAGUUUUCUUGUUCUGUUGAGAUGGACACCGAGCUGUGCUCAUUCGAACAGUCCGAUGAGGGUGUCACUGCUAUUCUAGCAAAAAACGGCAUACCAGAGAGCUUUGACACUAAGCAUUGUGUGCAAGCAACUUGGGCUCACAUUUUAGGUGAGACUAGAGACGAUACCCGGGUUGUGACUAGAGAUAUCCGCUUGACGGGUGUUGGCCUCGAUAGAGUGGUACGCCCUUGUUCUACAAAUUCGAUCAAAAGCUGUUCUAAUCCAGUCUUGAAGCAUUGGCACCGAUUAUUUGCAUAUGUCUUCCUCACCAGUACUGACGCUCACUGGUAG